UUGGCAACGAAUAUAUAUGACAUAUUUCACUCAUGUAAUACGAGUGUGUUCAGAAGCUGUUCAUAUUUCAAUUCGUGUUUAAUAAACGAUUGCACCACUUAAACUUUACGUUGUCCGACUGCACGACGCAGUUUUGACGGAGGAAGCUCACUGUAUCCAAGGAUUACCAAAACUUAGUGGGGAAAAUGUCGCUCAGCGCAAGUGCAGAAAACCUAACAAGCGACACACAGAGUUGUGGUGACAGUAACAACAUGUGUUUGGAAUUAGCUUUGGAAGGAGAACGCCUCUGUAAGGCUGGUGAUUGCCGUGCAGGUGUUGCCUUUUUCCAAGCAGCUAUCCAGGCGGGCACUGAUGAUCUACGUACCCUGAGUGCCAUCUACAGUCAGUUAGGAAAUGCCUACUUUUAUCUUGGUGACUAUGCAAAGGCUAUGCAGUAUCACAAGCAUGACUUAACACUUGCAAGGACCAUGGGUGACAAACUAGGUGAAGCAAAGUCCAGUGGAAAUUUAGGAAAUACAUUGAAAGUGAUGGGGAAAUUUGAUGAAGCCAUGAUAUGCUGCAAACGACACCUUGAAAUAUCAAGGGAGUUGGGUGACAAGUUAAGUGAAGGAAGAGCAUUGUAUAAUUUGGGAAAUGUCUAUCAUGCCAAAGGCAAACAUAUUGGACGUGUGGGUCAGCAGGACCCAGGAGAAUUUCCAGAAGAUGUCCGCACCUGUUUGAAAGAAGCAGUUCAUUAUUAUGAGGAGAACUUAAAACUUAUGCGGGAACUGAAUGAUACUGCAGCCCAGGGCAGAGCCUGUGGCAAUCUUGGCAACACCUACUAUUUGUUAGGUGAUUUUCAGCAAGCCAUUCGAUAUCAUGAAGAGCGGUUAAAAAUUGCCAGAGAAUUUGGAGAUCGUGCGGCAGAGAGGAGAGCUAACAGCAAUCUUGGCAAUUCUCACAUAUUUCUUGGAGAAUUUGAGGCAGCUGCAGAACAUUAUAAGAGAACACUUGUACUGGCUCAAGAACUAGGAGAUCGAGCUGUAGAAGCACAGGCUUGCUACAGUUUAGGGAAUACUUACACCCUAUUACGAGAUUAUCAAACUGCAAUUGAGUAUCAUUUGAGACAUUUAAUAAUCGCUCAACAGUUAAUGGACCGUGUGGGAGAAGGGCGAGCAUGUUGGAGUUUGGGAAAUGCUCAUGCUGCUAUGGCAAACCAUGAAAAGGCCCUUCAUUUUGCAACAAGACACUUAGAAAUAUCAAAAGAGCUGGGUGAUCCUAUGGGUCAAGCUACUGCUCAGAUGAACGUCAGUGAUCUACGCAAAGCUCUUGGCCUCCCCGUUGAUGAUCUAUCUCCAAGCAGUCUAGAGCUAGUCUCUGCAUUGAGCAAUCAACCUUCGCCUGGGCUGCGGCGCUAUAGGGUGAGGCGCCAGAGCAUGGAACAACUGGAUUUGAUCAAGCUAACACCAGAUGGGAAGCAGAGAACAUCUCCAACAGCAUCUGCAGCUGCAACAUCAAGUGGGUCAGUUGAUGCAUGCAUGGCUGAGCAUGCUGAAGAUGAAGAUUCGUUCUUUGAUCUGCUCUCUCGUUUCCAAUCAAAACGUAUGGAUGACCAACGAUGCUCUCUCAAAAAGUCAGAUAAUAAGGAGAAUACUCAUGCCAACAACAAUGGAUUUCCUGUGUUUAAAGGAUUUUCCCAGAAAUUACCCCCAGUCAAAGCACCAACCCUUCCAAAUGCUGAUGCUCAAGAUGAUCUGCUGGAUCUUAUUGUUGGCAUGCAAAGCAAGCGAAUGGAUGAGCAAAGAGUUGCUCUUCCUCAUUUACCCGGUUUGUGCCCACCUGGUAGUAGCCAAGGGCAAAGACAAAGACUGUCUCUCGCUAGUGGGAUUGACGCUACACCAGAUGACCAGUUUUUAGAGAUGUUAAUGAGAUCUCAGUGUGCUCGUUUGGAAGAUCAACGUAGUUUUCUACCUGGUGGACCUGAGGAUGUUGACUUGGAGGACGUCACAGUGGCAGUUGAUGGGACAGAUGGUGGUGGAACGUCGACUAAAGCUCCAACUGUUCCUGAUGAAGACUUUUUCUCCCUCAUUUUAAGACUUCAAUCUGGGCGAAUGGAAGACCAAAGAGCUGCCGUUCCAACUUCUGUGUCCAGGUAUCAACACCCACCUCUGUCAGAAAAAACAUUAAAUGCUAAAACUAGCAACGUAGGUGCUAGAAAAGACAAAAAAUGAUAUUUAACCAAACAUUUCUCAUUUUCCUGAAAUUAGUCAUUUGGCAAUCAACAAAAAGGAAAAAUACUGCUUCUUGCACUCUUAUGAUUCCAAGUAGAUGUUGGUUUUUAAGCAGCAUGCAAGUUGAACAAUUAUAUUUCACCAAAACACACAAAAUGCAUAUGCAAUUGGUUGCACUCAAAUUGAUCCAUUACUCUUCAUCAGAUCUGCCAUAUGUGCCAAAUAGUACAAGGAACCAACCAUUCAACUGUCCUGUGAGCUAUUUUUGCAAAUGUCAGUAUUUUUCUUUUUUGUUGUUUCAUAUUUUAGUGUUAUGGGAGAAACCUUGCUUCAGGAACAAUUUGACAGUUUGACUACAGUAGAGAGUUAUUUAAUUUAUUGCUAUCCCAAGUAUUCAAAACAAUGCACUUCAAGUAGCUGUUAUAACUUUGUAAGCAAUCAUAGAUGAAUGUUAAAGCAUCACUUCAAGUAGGUGCUGAUGUGUGAAAAAUAUCUAUCUGUAUUGCUUUUCUGUACAGAAGCACAAGCUUUGAAAGGUUAAAAGGUAUAAUUUUGAACAGAUUGCGACUGAUUAUUAUUUGCUGUACUUUCCAUUCAUCAUUUGCACUGUACAUGGAUGUCUUUAGUUCUUAAUGGAAUGCACCCUGAAAAUGACAAUUACUUCUACAUAUUUUUGUAAAGGUUCAUAGUGCAUUAUGUUGGUUCCUUCUCUUGUACCAAUGAAUUUUUUUUUAAAAACGAUUGCGACCAUACCUGCUUUAAUUUUAUUGGUCAAUAUUGGACAUCUGCUAUUUCAAAAUCAACUUGAACAUGUUAUGUUUAUUGCUUUUGUUCCAUUUGUGUUGUCUAGUAGAUAUUCAUUUUGCACAUAGUUUAUGUCGGUAGGUGCCAUAUUUGAGCUCUAAUUAGUACAACUAUUAUGUAAUCUGUUCAGACUAUUUUUGAUCAGUAUUAUAAGGAUUGAAUACAUUUUUAUUUUGCUCCGUAGCAUUUGCACAAUCUUUCAAUUUUCAGCAUUUUACAAGUAAUCUCUUGAGUUUUCAUGAAAGAAAUUGCUCGGCCAUAAAUUUUUGUAUCUUCCUUAAGUUUUUAAGGGCCAAUUGGUUCCGUUCUCAGAUUUUCUUCUUAAUGAUUUUUUUAUUAUUUUUUUUUUUACAAUAGAAAACUGUCACAGUUUCUGUCUCAUGUUCAUUUUGCCAUGUUUUAUAUUUCAUCUAAAAGGUGAAUAUUUUAAUUUUCUAAUUAAUGUCAAUGUAUAGUUUAUAAUCAACAAAUGUUUUAUUUUUAAACAAAUCUUAAUUCCUUUGUACAUAAUUUAGUGGAAUCUUAAGUUUUUGCGGUUUUUAACAACGCUGUGUAUGUUUAGGUCUUGAAUGUCAUUUAGAUAUUAAUCACCUUUAAAGAUUUUGUAGACACACAUAUAAUGUCUGUUAGUUACCUUAACAGAAUGUAAUGAAGGCCUAGUGACAAAUAAUCAAGGGCAGUUUCCUUUUAAUUAAAAUUAUGUGAUGAAGAUUCUACACAAAUCCCAUUUACUUGCCAAAGAUUUAUGAAUAGAAUGGUGAUAUAACGAGUUAUUAGAGCUUUUCAUUUCAUUCUCAUGUUCUUUAUUGUGCAAGUGAAUACCUGACACCAGUGAAUGAAGCAUUUUGCUGUUGCAUAGAAAACUAUCUUUAUAAGGCAUAUGAUACUACAUGGGUAUUAACGGCAUUGGUCUAGCAUGUCUUAAUUUAGAGAUUCAUUAUUUAGUCACAACGUUUGUGUUGUAUUAUAUUUUGCCACCAACUCUUCAUAGGCUGUCUUUCCAUGGUAUGUCAGUGAGGUAAAAAAGAAAACAUACUCAUUCUUAUUUGUUAGAAAAGCGACUGUUACAGUGAUUUUGGUCUUAUGAUAUGUGAGGUGCCUCACUGCAACUGAGGCAGCCUCAAACAGUUUGUGGAUGGUGAUUUUUUUUUUUGUUAAGUUUGCCUAGCCCAUUGUAGCCUUUGGAUCAAAUAAGACGCCUCACCUCACCAAACUAAAACCAUCAAAAUCUUCUGCACCAAUGGUAUUCACUUACAACUCUCCUCUGUUCUUGCAUUUCUAUUGAUUUGACUCAUUACACGUUGAGUCCCAGCAAGGUAUGGCCACCAUUCCCACCUUGUGCCCACGUGGUACUCAACGUGUUAAACAGUACAUCUCUGACUCAAGCUAGGAAUUUUUCUGUUAAUUUUCUUCUGUGGUAACAGCAUACUUACUAUAUGUAAUAUUUUGUUUCAAAUUAAAAAUAAUCUCCACUGUACUAUUUCCCCACACUUCCCUGGAAUAUGGCUGUGAAAAUCACUCUGUUGUAGAUGUUCGUCUUUCCUUGUAAGAGAAUAUGGAAGGCUUUGCACUGGUGCAAUAUAAUGUAGGAGCAAGUGAAACCUGUUAAGGUUACUCAUGCACCACCAGACUGGGUGAAAUCAUUCCUGUUAAAAAUACAGAAGUAGGGUGAUUGUUAAUAUUCAUCAAAAUGUUUUUUUAACCCAAGGUUAGCAGUCCAAUUCAAAUAAAAAAUUUUAUUUGUGUCUGUGGUCUGAAUGUUUGGAUGGUACAUUGUACAUUGUAAUGUUUUGUUUUUUUCAUUUUACCAUAUGACAUUAACUAAUCCAUUUAUAUUCAAGGAACUAAAAUAUGAAUAAAUAUAUAUCGUAUAUUACAAUUGA